CUUUAUUUAUUUGUCCUUUGUUUUCGGUUUAGCUCUUAGCUCGGAGCCGUUAACUGUGACAACGAACACUACUACUCCAUCCGCAGUCAAUUAUGGCCGCCAAGUGUACCACUAGGAACGGAAUCGUCACGGAGUUACUUACUCCAGGCAACUAUGAAGAUUGGAGCAUCAUGGCGAAGAACUACCUAACUAGCGAAGAUCUGUGGAUUAACGUUAUUGAAGAUGGUGGAAAUACUGAAACAAUGUCUCAGGAGGGAGAAUGGAAGAAGAAAAAUGCUAAGGCUUUGCAUAUUAUUCAGAUGUCUUGUGGAUCUGAAACUUUGUCUCAGAUUAAAGAAACUACCACAGCAAGAGGUGCCUGGAAUACCUUGGCAUCUUUGUACAAGUCUAGACUUGGAGCUAAAGCUGACAUAGAGCAAGGUCUUCCAUUACUACACAGAGGUGUACAAAGAGGUGAUUGGGACACUGCACGCACUUUUGUGAACAACAAUCGUAAGGCAAUGUAUGAAACUUCAAAACUGGGCAAGACGGUUGUUCAUGUUGCAGUUCUCACAGGACAAGAAGACAUGGUGGAAAAGUUAGUAAACAAAGUGCCCAAACGGCUUUUGUUGGAACGUGACACAAGAGGGUACACGGCACUGGCUCUUGCUGCAGAGUUGAGUGACACCAUCUCCGUGGCCAAAUGCAUGGUUGAUAGAAACAGAGACUUGUUAACAAUCAAGACUAAUGAGGGGCUGAUACCACUUGUUUUGGCUGCUGUUAAAGGCAACAAAAACAUGGCCAAAUAUCUCUAUCACAACACUCCUAAGCAAGUGUUCAAUGAGGACAAUGGCUACACCAGUGCUUUGCUUCUUACCAGAUGCAUCACUAGCGAGAUCUUUGACGUUGCAUUGAAUCUGCUCAAUCGUAAUCCAAGAAUACCUCUCACCAUGAAAUUUGAUGGUGUUAGUCCUUUAUUUGCAUUGGCUCAACAACCUUCUGCAUUCCCUAGCGUAAAUCCGCCUAAAUUAUGGCUACAGUGGGUGUAUAAAAUCAUACCCAUAACUCAUGAGGAGACUGGCGAUCUGAUGAAGGAAGACGGAGGAAGGAUCAUUAAACCAGGUCUAUUGUCUCGUCUACGGGAUCAUGUGAUUACCAUACUUCUUUGUCUUCCUGGGAUAAAGAAAACACAUAAGAAAAAAAUGACUCACCAUCGUGCAGUUGAGAUUCUUAAUAGCAUGGCUAAAGGAAUUAUGGGCUUUGAUGAAGCAAAGCUGAGAGAGGCCUCAGUUUACGAGUCCUUAUUAGAAGCGUCCAAAAGUGGAAUUGCAGAGUUCAUAAUCAAGUUGACUCAGGCUAAUCCUGAUCUUUAUUGGGUUUUUGAUGAAAAUCAAAGAGGCAUUUUUUCUUAUGCCAUUUUGUAUCGUAGAGAAAACAUUUUCAACCUCAUAAAUGGCUUGAAAGGACAAGGAAAGGUGAUUAUUUCUCGCACAGAUAUAUUUGGUAACAAUAUGUUGCAUUUGAUAGGGACUUCAGUGCCCACGGCCGAGCUUGAUCGCAAAUCUGGUCCAGCUUUGCAAAUGCAAAGAGAACUUCAAUGGUUUAAGGCGGUGAAAAGAAUUUUGCAUCCAAAGUUUCAACAAGCUAUAAAUGGAGAUGGCAUGAAGCCUAAAGAAUUAUUUACUAAGAAACAUGAAGAACUGUUGAAGGACGCAGAGAAAUGGGCAAAGGAGACGGCAACAUCCUUCACAAUAGUGGGGACUCUUAUAAUAACCAUUGUGUUUGCAGCAGCCUUCACUCUUCCUGGAGGAAAUGAUCAAAAUACUGGUAUUCCUAUGUUUUUGCACAAAAGAAUGUUCACAACUUAUAUGGUGGCUGAUGCUAUCUCACUCUUUUCUUCCUCCACUGCUGUGAUGACUUUUAUUGGAAUUCUCACAUCUCGUUAUGCUGAAAGAGAUUUCCUUAAAUCCUUGCCACUCAAGUUGAUGUUUGGCCUUUUCACACUCAUAUGUUCUAUCUUGGCCAUGAUGGUUGCAUUUUGCUCUGCCUUUUCUUUGAUGCUUGAGGAUUCGGGUCAUUCCAAGAUGGUAAAAUUUGUCAUUUCCAUUGCAAGCUUAUCUGUGGUCAUAUUCUUACCUAUGCAACUUCGUCUCCUACUUGAGAUUUUUAAUUCCACCUUUAGAUCAGAGGUGUUGAAUAUCAAGAAAGUAUAAGCUUGUACAAGUGUAUUAGUAGCUAAAAAUAUUAGAUUAGAUUUUACCUUUACUUUCAAUGUUUGUAAAUCAAUCAUGCCUCGUUGAAAUUCAAAGGCAGGACAUUGA